AAAAAAUUGAGAUCAUGGAUUUACGAAAAUUAUUUUAUGAUGAUUCGGAUUCCGAUUCGGAACAUUCAGUUGCAGAUAAUUUAAAAGGUAUUGGAAAUUUAGAGAUUAAUAAUAAUGGUAAUGACGAAAAUAUAACAUGUUGGAUAUUUGGAUAUGGUUCAUUAUGCUGGAAUCCUGGUUUUACAUAUACAAAAUGUGUAACUGGUUAUAUACGUGGUUUUGUAAGACGAUUUUGGCAAGGAAGCAUUUCACAUCGGGGAACUCCGGAUAAGCCGGGACGAGUUGCUACAUUGUGUGCUGAAAAAGAGGGAAUAACAUGGGGAUGCGCUUAUAAAAUAACUGGCAGGACAGCAUUAGAGUAUUUAAAGCAACGUGAAUGUACAAUAGGCGGAUAUGUAACGUUAGAUUCAAAAUUUUUUCCUAGAGUGGCUACUUGUGAUACAGAAUUUCGUGGUGAAGCUUUUCCAGUAUUAGUCUAUAUUGCAACCGAUCAAAAUUCUUUAUGGGUAGGAGACUUACCUAUACAAAGUAUAGCAGAACAAAUAAGUGAAUCUUCAGGAGCUAGUGGACACAAUGUAGAAUAUGUUAUACGAUUAGCAGAUUUUAUGCGAGAAGAAAUUCCAAAUGAAACGGAUGAUCAUUUAUUUGAUUUAGAACAUAGAAUUAUACAAAUUUUAAUAAAAAGAAACACUCCAAUACAUUCUCUAAUGGGUAUUCCGCCAGAGAGAAUAAGAAGAGAUUCUCAUGCUAAUAUAGAACGUCCAACUACAUUUGAAUUUGCUUCAAGAGUACCUGAUAAAAAAUUGCGCUGUCUCAAUGUAUAGCAAAUUUUUAUAACAUUUUUUCUAAAUUCAGUAAUUAUAAUUUGAAAUUAGUUCGCCAUAAUGGAACGAAUUAAAUUAUUAAAAUUUUUACUACAAAUUUUCCUAUUACAAAGUUUUCGCGUAAUUAAAUUGUAAAUCUCAUAAUUAUAUAUGAA